AUGUCUCAAAAUUUUUUCUCUGAUAGCCCCGCUAUAUGUAUUUUCCCUGAUAAUGCUAUAUGUGAAGAACCUACGGAUUUGGAAGAAAGUACUUUGGAAUUUUUCGUUCCAUCUAUAUUAGAUCGUAAAAUAGAACGUCAUCGACAGCGUCGUGCUAUAUGCGAAAGAGCUGGCCGUUUACAAAAAACCAGUAUUUCUGGACUCG